AUGAACCGGUUAGAGCAACUCAGGAGGGGUGAAGGCCUUCUUACAUUUGGCGUCGUCCAAGAUUCACUCGCUGUCCCGGGGCCGACAGUCCCUGGAGUGGACGACCCCAAGAAUGCAACUCCAAGCAACUGUUCAGAAUGGUUGACCCCGUCGGACCUGCAGAGACUGUCACUGCCCGGCGCCGCACGGUGGCUGCCUGUCGCGAGCCCGAGCGCUGGCCGAUUUGAUCGUCUCCGGGAUCUUUCCCUCAAGGAUGAAGAGGAUGAAGAGCAACUCUUACCGGGACUAAAAGUCCGACUUCGGGAGCCCGUUAAACGCGAGAACACCUUCCAGGUCGCGGAGCCGGAUGCCUGGCAUCCCGCGUCUCCUUCGCUCAUACGGGAACGCGACUCGACGAACGUGGGAACGCGAUCCACAGCGAAUGUCUUUCCCUUUGAGCGGAUCCAGGCCACGCAACCCUCAGAGACGCGCAUUCUGGGGGGUUACACAGAGCAGUUGACUGCCCCGUUUGAACGCGCAGGCGCAACGACCGAGAAAUUCGCGUACAACCCGUGUGCUCCGAAGCUGCCGUACACAGGUCUGUGGCACGACGAAGCGCCAGGGAUAAGCAACCAGGCGUCUGACGAUCACCAGCUGGAAUUGCUGCAGAAGCCUCCAGCGAACCGCUCAGACGAGGCAGCGCUGCUUCGCACACAGGCAGCGAAAGUAUGUCCACGGGCUGCCAAAGUUUUGCUCGAGGAUAUGAGGCGCGACACUCAGGAUGCACCGGAUGCCAAAGGGCCGGCCGAUCUACAGGAGAGGCUUUUCAUGGCGAACAAACAGUUUCUCAGCGACGAUGAGCGCGUCGAGAACCUGAUGCUUGCUGCAGUCCAGCCCGGACUCGCACCGGGCGCUGCGCUGAGGGCUCAGGAGCAGGACCAGAGACACAGGCAGAGAGGGAAGGCGGCGGCUGAGGCGAAGGCGAGGGCCAUAACUUCUUUUUGGGAUUCCAGGAAGCCAGGCAGCGAAGCCAGACGACUGCCACUGGAGGCCGAGCCGUGGCAGCUCAAGGAUGCUCGGAUUCAAAAAGAAGUGGAAAAGAGUCGCGUUUCCUUGACGGGGCCCGAGCUUGCUGUUCAUCGACGCCAAUCCCACAAGCGCAUGAUCAUUUACGCCGACAGGUUUUUUGGGGACCUCGGUGCCUCGCCUGAAGAAGCGCAGGCUGACUAUCUAGGCUUCGUAGGUGGAGGUCCGACGACUGUCCCGCGCGAGAUUUCCAGUGAAGGACGGCACCAAGCGAACGCCGAGAGCCUCAUUGCGCGUCUCGAGAUGCGACUGACUGGAGAAGCGCGGGGCCGAGAGCCCGAGGGCGGGGGCUCAGCGGCACACGGGCGGACUGUGAGAGACGACAGUGGCUUUCGCCGGUUGAAAUCAGGACCGCAGCGGCGCGGAGCGCCGGACGGUGAGUGCGGCACGCGAGAAGAGUGGGGCGAGCAACGGAUGUCAGAAGACGUUCUGGGCCUCCAUCGAGCUAUGCGCCUCGCUGCAAACUUAGAGAGAGACCAAGAGAAGGAGGCCGAAGCUCUAGGGAUUCCCAUCCAGAGGAGAGGCCGGACGAAGGACGGCUCGGGGGCAGCGACGGGAAAGGCAACAGAACCUCCGGUAGAAAAAGCCGCUGUGGCGCCGGCUGCGUCCGAGCCACUUGUUUCGGGACCCCAGGGAAAACCUCCGGCGACCUCGCCUUCGCCUGCUCCGCCUACCGAAGAGGCGAAGGCGCUUCCCGAGCCCCCGCCUGCGAAGAAGGUUGUGCCGGGGCCGCCGCCAAAAAAAACACCGCCGCCGCCUGGAGCGGGGAAGAAGGCUCUUUUUCCCCCGCCGAAGAAGGGGAAAGGCGGCGAGGCUCUCAAGGCUUUGGGACCCAAAAUUAAGUUGGCGUUUCAAGAAGCCCCAACACAUGCGGCCAGCAGCCCUGGAGGCGGGCAGGCUGACGGGCAGAGCCACGCGGUUUCGCCGAGCCCGGAAGCCUUUCCUAAGACAGUGGGAGGCCCUGGCAACGCGGCGACGCUCGGGGACAUGCCGGAGCUCGCUACAAGACUGGACAGCGACAGCGACGAGGAGCCCAACUUGCCUCUGCCGCUUCUGCUCCCCCAGAGCGACGAACCGUCUGCUGCGCUUUCCUCUUGGAGUGCACUGGACGCCAUCAGGCGAACGCGCUUCCCCGCGACCUUGCGCCCGAAGCCGGUCUUCGACAAUGUCGGCCGGGUGAUUCUGCCGCCUCGCCGCAACGCCGGCGCCCCAGUCGCCGGAGCCGAAGACGCCGUUUGGAGCGGAGACGCGUCGGGCAUCGCCGACGCGUCUGGGCGGGUGUCUUACAAGCUCGUGUAUGACGCGCCGGUGUACACAGGGCCUUCAUACGAGGUCAUGGCUGAGUAUCAGCCGGAGCUCGAGGCUGGCGCGAAGCCUGUCGGUCCCGGAGCGGACACGCUGAUCUUCGAGCCCGCUGCGUCGCGCGCAGCGUAUGCUGGGAGCCGGGGGCGCCGCGCUGUCGUGGGCAAGGAGCGAGGACGGCAAGGGACGGAGCAAGGCGGGAGGCGGCGAGGAAGAGAAGAAAGAAGCUUGCUCCCUCGGGCCACGCAGCUCGACCUCGUCACCCGAUACCCUCACGACGAGACUUCCCGAGCCUCGCUCUCGCUGCUCGGCGUCAACGACGACGGGUGGGUGUCCUCCGGCGUCUCGCGCCUAGCCAACUGCGUCGCCGACCUCACGACCGCGCCGUCCGCCUUGGGAGUGUUGGAGAUGCUCGGGGAACAGGGGAAGAGUGGGAAGGCCGUUGCGGAGGCGGCAGUGUGGCCGGCCAUGCUGAGCGAGGAGGGGGCUCUCGGUGAGAACGUGGAAACCUUGAAACAAGUGGAAUGCGUGGUUGACGGCGGCUUUUCCUACUUGAAGCUCGAGGCGACGCCCCGAUCUGACGCCAAGUCCGGGCGGCAGCACGCGGGCCUGAGUCUCUGGGAGCAGCACUCGUCUGCAAAGAAGACUAGGAGGCACGAGCUCGUCGACUCCUUCGGCCGUGUCUGGGUCGCUCCGUUCCCGUCGCGAGUAUUCGCCCCUGUCCACUUGAUGGGGAAAGACAGCAAAUUCACGAAACGCGAAGAAGCCUUGCAGGCGCGCUACGCCUACCCCGAGGGCCAGUUCUCUCCCGGAUACUACGUCAAAGAACCCGACGUCGAGGAGACACGUCAGGCCAUGCUCCAAGCGCAACCGCCACGAAUGUCGGUAUUCGAGUUCCAAGCGAAAAUGCAUCAACUGAAGCUCGCCAAGACGCGGGAAGAGGCUACUAGAGCGGAGAUCGAAGAGAAGGCGGUCGAGGCUCGUCUGAAGAUUGAAGAGCAGAAAGCCGACAUGCAGUUCAAGAUGCUUAAAUGUCGGGGCCGGGCUGAGGACCCCAAGAAACAGGUACCAGAUAGCUCUUCGAAGGGCGAGGGCGCUACAGGGCUGCCCAGGUUUGUAGAUCUUAAUGCCGACCAGCUGAAAGAGAGGUACAGGGCAAUUAAAAAGAAGAAUGCGCAGGACAAGAUCCUUCCACAGAUUAAGUCACUCAUCGCGGAGAGGACCGACCGACCUCGAACCAAAGUUAAGUUCAUGGGCAGACACCGCCAUCCGAAGGGUCGGGGAAAGGAGGUGGUGCUAGCCGAGCAGAAGAAGAAAGAGAGGAUUUUGAGGAUGUUGGCAGCUCCACAAAAGCACGUAAAUACGGCGGCGCUUCUGGCGGAGAUCAAGGCGCUCGAGAGAGAGCAGGGCGACGACAGCGACGAGUUCGAGUCGGUCUCGACUCAGUACACGUACGAGUCCUUCACCGUGUCGAGCUACGAUACCGUGGACGACUCGUUCCCGCCUUACACAUUCAAUUACCCGCGGUACGAGCCAUGUUCCGAGACGUUUUUCGCCAUGAAGAACGACCGCUUGAACUACUCUGGCAUUCUCCUCGUUUCCGAAGACUUCCGCUACGCCGAUUCGAAGGGGCUCGGCCUACCGCUCAUGAACAUGCUUCCAACGGGCGGCUUCCUGCAUCACCUCAUGUACGUCGAAGCUCGCGGCACGGCGCUCUUUUUCUACACCGCCAGAAAGUUUUCCAAGACAGUCGGCGGCCGACUGGCCAUGCGCCCCUUCGCGAAGAGCCUGGAGCCGUCGCACCUGCUCGUCGACGGCACAGAAGACUGGACUCCCCUUUUCGGCGUGUGCGUCGAUGCCUCGACCGAAGUCGAGGUGUUAACUGUCGACCCGUUCUCGUCCCAGACCGAAGACCUGCACUACUUGGCGAUCCGGAUAUCGGGGAGAAAUGCGAAUUGCCUACCGGGAGCUCCCCCACUUGAAGUCGCGCCGCCCUCGAAGGACAUGUCCGCCAGUCGGCCGAAGAAGACCGCCGAAGAGCGCCUGGCCGAGGCAGAGACCGUCACUGUGUUGCUCAGUGCUGACACAGAGGCCGAAACGCUGCUGUGGCAUCGACUCGUGAAGCGCCGCCUGGCGUUCGCCAAGUACGCGAAAGCGCUCGCGGAGACGACGCGAGACCGGCCUGCAUUGUCGAUUGCCGAGUUCUGCCUGUCGGGAGUCAACACAGCGGUGCUCAGCCUGAAGGGCGUCCCCUUCAACCCGGGACUGGAUUCGGUGUUGCUUUCGAAUUUGGACGAAGAGAAGAAGGUCAGUUUCCUCGACCUGUCGUAUCGCAGCCUGAACGACGCCGAUAUUUCCGAACUCAUGGACCUCUUCCCGUUCUUCGCUGAGUGCGUCGACCUAAGUUGCAACCAGAUCGAGGCCAGAAACCCCGUCGAAGUCUGCAAGUUCAUCAACACACUGCACGCGACAGGCGCCGACUUGAGCGACAACCCGCUCGGCGAGCGCGAGAGCGGCGGCUGCCUUCUCUGUACGCUCCUCACCCAGUCCCUGCUCUCGCGACUCGACCUGAACCGCUGCCGGUUCGGCGCAGAGGCGGCGAAGGCCUUCCGCGAGAAUGCGGCGACGAUUCGGCGACCCGUGGAGCGCCCCGUCACGCUUUCCCUCACAGGCAACGACCUUGCCGCCCCCGAUUUGGUUGCCAUCGUCACGAGUGUGAAGGCGAAGAUUCCCGGCGUGAAGCGGAUCUCAUUCGCCAACAACUCGGCUCUGACGGCGGAGGAAUUCCGCGCAGCAGUCGAAACUUCCUUACACAAAGUCGACUUGUCCAUUAUCAACUUUGACUCCGACCAGCGGUCGUCGCCUUCGCUCUCGACGCCGAUAUCGGGAGACAUGAGCCUGCUGCGGAGCCUGCCGCUGACGCUCAGCGGGCGGCUCCUCGGAGCCGGCUGGAGGGUGAAAGGAGACCGGUACGUCUGGUCGCCUGCGGUAAAGCAGUUCCCGCCGCGUCGAGCCUUGUCGGCGGAGACGACGGUCGACUUUCGCCAAAAAGAGCCCGAACCGGGAGACGAUCACGGGGUCCCUCUUGUCUACUUUGAGUUGCGCGGGCCUGCGCUCAUCUGGUCCGACGUGCCGACACGCGAGGCGGCCUGGCUCUGCCCGGAAGGCCAGCAACUCACGGCGGGGAAGCCGCGCCCUACGGGGCCGCUAACCACCGAUCCAACUGCGCCGUCCCAGACUGUCUCUGGGAUGCUUCUUUAUCGCGUUCGAGUUGACUUCGAUGCCAAGCCGAUGAUCCUCACUGUGGAGGGAUUCGAUUUGUUCGUCUCGGAAGCCGGUGGGACGCCCGCACCCGUGACUCUGCCGCUGCUGGACGGGACGCCGGAGCAACCCACGAUCUCCUACGUCCUUCGGGGACCCACAGACGCUGUCACUCUCGAGUGGGCCCGAGUCCUCCACGCCAGACUUGCAGGCGCGUACUACGUACGCACAGAGGAAAGAAGCGCCUACCCGCUGAGUCAGAGUGCUCUCCGUUUCUUCGAAUCCGCUGCGGGGACAAUUUUGGACUUUGGGGGUUGCUCCGUCUCACCGAUGGGUCUGAAGGCCAUUUUCUUCUUCCUGUGUAAGUACACCUGGUUGAAGUCGAUCAUCAUGUGCAACAUGCAGCUGUCGGGCAUCCAUUUGAGGUUCCUGUCUUCGGAGGCCUGGCAGUUGUACGACCUGGAUCUCUUGGACCUCUCUUUCAACGAGUUCACAAACUCUACGGUAGAGAUGCUCACGAGUGUGCUCUCUUUCCGGUCCUGCGACCGGCUGCUCCUGGACCGGAACCCCUUCACAGACACCCCAGAAGUGGCGGAUUUGUUCCUGAAGGUGGGUUGCGGCCGCGACGUCGGCUGCUUCUCUCUCAAUGGGUGCUGCCUCGGAAACCGCUUCGCUGAAGCCCUCGCCAGCGGCAUAAAAGAAAAGGCGCCUUUUGGGCCGCAUUGCCAACUUAGCCUGGUCGAGCUGCAGAGCAACUUCAUCGACGAGGCCCCACUCCGCAACCUGGUCCAGGCACUCGUCACAGCGAUGCCGACGUUACAGAAGGUCAAUGUCUUUGGAAAUAUCGACCGGGGAACCCAUGCGUCUGUGCCGUUCGCCAACUUCACACAAACCUUCCUUGACAUACCCGCUCGCGUGCAACACGUCGUGGGACCGCAAAAAAAACGGGCCAGAAGGCUCCGGAUGCAGGUUGGCAGGGGAGCGCACGCCCCACCGGCCGCUACGGUGAAUGCUGGCAAUGUCUCUGCCGAUUCCGAAGGCAGGCCAGAGCCCGAGCAGCCGGCCGCAGAGGCUGCCAAGACAGAAGGGGCCCAGGCACCUGAGACAGCCGAGCGGGCUGAAGGAGACGAAAAGGGUGAGGGGACUGAGGAAGCCAACUCCGAGGAAGGAGACGAAAAGGGUGAGGGGACUGAGGAAGCCAACUCCGAGGAAGGAGACGAAAAGAGCGAAGGAGCUGACACGUCGGAUUCAGCGGAAGACACCGAAGAGGACGAUGAGUCGGAGUCGGCAGAAGGGUCGGAAAAGGCCGUGGAGGCGACCGGAGACGCUUCCGACUGGUAA